GCCUCCCAAACACUCUUCCCUUAUUAAAAACCCUAAUCUCCUCUCCCUCUGCGCUCUGUAAUAGACUAAUCUAGAGAAGAUCCGUUUGUAGAUUCGAAGAUGAAAGGCAAUUCGAGAUCUUCCUCAAGAAGAAACGAAGUUUUCUACAGGUAUCUGAAGCCAGGAGCACUUGCGCAGAUAAGGGACUCCAGGGUCAAUGCUAGGUCUCAGAAAUCCGACUCCCUACUGGCUAAUCUCCUCACCCACCAAGUCGACUCGGUCCUAACCCAGCAUCCUUCCCAGACCCAGAUCUCAUCAAUGGAUCGACUCCCGCGUUUUCUGAACAAGGUCUACGGUGGUCCGUGUUGCCUCCGGAGGAAGAAGCUGGUGGCUAAUAAAUCGGUGUUCUCGCUUAAUUUGAAUCCUUCUGGUGCAGAUUUAGAAUCUAGUGUUAAUAAUAAUGAUAACAAUGGUAUAAGUGAAGAUUUGUUGAUUAAUGUGUUGAAUAAUGAUGUUCUUGUUGCCCGUUGAUUGAAUUGUUGAAUAAAUAACACAUUUUUUCCCUUUUCUGUAAGGGAUUUGCUUAUUUGGAUGUUUGAGUUCUUUUAUGAUAUUUUAUUUAGCAAUUGAAAUAAGUUAUAGGUUAUGAUUAUGAUUAAAUUGACCCCAAUUCUCGUUUUGGGUACUUUUGUCUUUAAUUUGGCAGAUAAGUGAUGAUACUUACUGUAACGUGGGAUUAAUGACAGAUAUUCAAACAAUAGCCUGUUGGUCUUCAUGCCUAGAAGGGAAAGGAAAGGGCUCUGCUUUGCUGAUUCAGCCCAACCCUUUGAACUGAUUAGUAAAAUUUUGGUGAAAGGAAUUCUAUUCCUCAGUCUAUGGAUUUACUAUGUCUUAUCUUGUUCGUUUUCAGUUCAUUCAUUAGGCAGUGAGCGAUCCGAAGAACUUUCUGAGUUCGUUCUUAGUAUGGUUAUAAACGAAGUUGCUUCCUUUUGUUGGGUGAAAUGAUGGUGGUAGUCUGCAUAAUGUGGUAUAGGUUAUUAUUCAGUCAGGUUUUUUGGAUCUUCUUGAUGGUUGAUAUUCAUCUAUUUGGUGUUUAGAACUGAUAUUAAUAUCUCCUGUCUCUUUUGUGGAAUGCUUAUAGAUGCAAUUUAUUAUGUUAUCUGCCAAGUUCAAUUGGUCUCUGUAUCUGUUCUGUUCAAAGGCAGAGUUUGAGUUUAGAAUUACUUUGAAAAUGAAGGUGGUUUGAUUUUGAUUAUAUCUUUAAUGUUAGUGAUCUGUUUUCUUCUUGAUUUGAUUACAGAGUUGGCUUAAUGAGGCCUUGAUAUCAAACCAUUACUCCACUGUGAAGUAUCUUGGAAUUAACCAUUGCAAUGAUG